AUGGAAUGCGACACAGACCUCGAAGCCGCCCCUCUCAAGAGGAAGGGGAAUAAUGAUGUUGACCAAAACGAACCCCCAAAGAAGCUGAAGCUGGAAGAAGAUGAAAAAGCCGAGUGUGUAGGAGAGCCCCCCGCAUGGGCAUCGACUCGGCCCGAUCUUUGUGAGACAAUGCCGUGGUUCAAACACCAGCAGGCGGGGAUCUACUCGAGUGGCGCCAAGGGCUGCAUUGGACUUCUGAUUGACGGGAGCUGCGGCGGACGUACCUAUGUUGACGAGGAAAUUAUAAUAACACGGCUAUCAGGGGGCUACGAAAAAGCCAAGGACGGUACUCUGAUCUUAAAGGAAGACCAGAAACUGGAAAGACUCAACAAGGGUGUCGAGAUGAGUUGGAGAUCCAAACAACCCAUUGGCGUAAUUAUCGGCGACAGAAAUGAAGACCUCGGCCGCAAACUCCCCCAUCGAUACAACGUAAUGGACAUCUUCGUCAUAACCCACCUAUGGCCCGAGAAGGUUGGGGAGUUCACGAGGUACAUGAUGAGACUCCAGAAGAGAGAUAUCAGCAGUCAAAGUUGGUGGGCUGCCAAGGACUCGCCUGGUCUUCCAGUAGUCCGCGACUUUGAUACACGGCCUGAAACUAUGAUCUGCGAUGCUUGUGGCCAUGAAUCCUGCCGCGUAUUCAGAGGCGUCUGGAUGUGCCUGGAGAAAGAUUGCCUCCAGUUCUGGAAAGUGAAUGGAGAAUCGCCCACAACAAAACUCGAGUAUGACCCGGUUUUCCUCUCACAUCGGUUCUUCUGGGGCCAGGAUAGCCUGCCAGAGAGCCCAGAUCUUGUCCCUACGCCUCCAGUCAUUACUGAAGAAAACCGGGACCUAUGGCGACAUGGCGAGAACACUCGCCAAGGGAUCGUCUGCCCGUACUGCCAUAAAUGUGUCCCUCGUGUUUUUUUGAAUGGCUGGAAGUGCAGUGUCAAGCACGCUGUCCCGCCCCAGCCUCGAAAAAAUGAGCCGGAUUGCCCAUGGAGUCUCAUUGUUGAAGGACCAAUUGUCCGCUUGUGCGAUGUCAUAGCACCACCGGAAAGUCUCCCUGAGCCACAUCGAAACGCCAGGGACUCGGGAAAGCAGACUGAAAUGCCCCGUGGAGGCCUGGAAUCAUUCUACAAGUUACCCCGAUUUGAUUCUAAGUGCAUGCGGCCUCGGAUUGAUACAGUGUCACUGGCCCCCUAUGUCGUUUUGCAGUAUUCCCUCGGGGAUAGCAUCGGCACAAUUUCACAUAUUGUGUCGAACACGGUCGUCAACGCCAGCGAAGGCGGACCCGAUUACCUAUUCCACCGAUUCCAGGAACUGGACCUGGAGCUCCGAAAGGGAGCGACUCAUUAG